AUGCCUUGCAAAAAGUUCUGCUACUAUCGGAAAACUCGGUUGACCGAAGACUCCGAGUGUUUAACGCCUGCGCUGGAGAUUUUCACGAGAGCUCAUCGUUUGUUAAAAAAUUUUAUGCACUUGUACAAGAUCCACGAGGGGAAACGUUGCGGCGUGAAUUACGAUGCGGUUCCUUUACACGGAGCCCUGGAUAUUGUGACCACGGCAAUGACAUCAAUAGUCUGUGGAAACGUAAAAAAGGGAUCUCAACGAUCUGGAUUGUUUCGUAAUAUGUUCCCUUGCGUUCGCUGUCAAGAUAUGGAAGUUGUGCCAGAAGAAGUUGUUCGCAAAGUGGAUAUAAUUGUGACGUGUUUAGAAAGGUGCUGCGCCAUCGAGAACAUUACACGUCGAAUAAAAGAUGUCUUAUGUAUUUUGGAAAGAUUAGCACCUUGCGCAAUGUCAGAAAAGCUUCAAACGUUAUCGCUCCUCUUAAAAGAAAUAAUGAGAAAGCUGAUUUGUUGUGGUCAGGAUUUAGAAGAACCGUUCGGCAAUACGCAGACCAAGCUGAUACUAAAUCUUGUGAACAACUUUAUUCGUGACUGGAGCGAAAAGAGGUCUGGGUCGCGACCCUGUCUCAGGAUCUGUAGAUUUUGCGAUCGUGUGGUUAAUGAAACCACUCGACAGUGGGGAACAUAUUGCUGCAACGAAGCUAAAAAAUUUCACGACAUCCGUAUAGAAUGGAUUCUACGUCAAUCGAUUACGUCAGACGCCAGUAAAGAUGAAGCAAUCGAUUGGAGGCCAAAAUCGAAAUCUUCGAGGAACGAACGAUUCGAUGACGAUUCAAGAACAUAUGCUUCCCUGGAAAUAUCUAGGGCUGUAGAUGUCAGAGAUUAUGAUGACAGUAGCGCGAGAUUCGACGAGCGUACGAGCGUCAAGGAAAAACUAGAAAGUCCCGAUCGAACGAUAAAACAUCGAUCUGCCGGUGAGAUAAGUGAGACACGUCGCGCGGAAGCUGAAGUGUUCUCGAAGAAAACAAAGAUAGAAAGAUACGACGAUUCGAGUCGGGAAUGGGAUAAAUUUGACAGAGUCGAGGGCAGGGAUUUAACAAAGACAGCGGCUGGUACGUUUGAGGGAAAGAUGAGAGGAAAAAUAAAGAGGAACCGCGAUAUCGACAGAACCGGCGAGUAUCCUAUCACGCCAGAUGGACGGGAGGAACGUGACGAUGCUCCGUAUAAAAGUAAGCCCGACAAGAUCCGUGGAUCGCGUGGUUUACGUGACACGAACGAGGAACGAGCAGCUGCUGGAAAAAUGAAGAAAAUUAAAAGGGACGCGAAGUAUUUGAGCCAGAAGCGAUUGGAAUACACGGAAUUCUCGGAAACGGAAUCCGAAGGAACUAGAGUUCAUCGAUCGAGAGAAGGGGAUAAAGGUGUACCAGUGAUAACGGAGAAAUCGCCUAAAGAAAGAACAAAGAAUAAAUUACAUGGGCAUACAUUGGUAGAGAACGAAAGGAAGAAAAUGGUUGAGAAGACGACCGACGCAGAUAUCGAAGAGAGAACAACCGGCCGACGAAACAGGAAAAAUCCACGAACGGAGCGGGACAUCGAGCUGGACGAAAUGACGGAUACGAGCGAGCGUAAAGAGGCUGACAGACGAAAGAAGAAUAAGGCAGAUGCGUUUGACAAUGGAAAGAAAGCGGUAUCUUAUACCUUCGACGAAGAGGACAAAGUUUUGAAAUCUGGUGGAACGCAGGAUAGACGCUCGAGCAACGAAAGGAACGAAACUGAGUCUAUCUUAACGAAGAAACAUAGGGACGUUAAGCGUGGUGUAAGCAGCGCCGAAGAUAAAUCAACGCUCGAUUCAGAGAGUCAGAAUAAGAAAGAGACAAGCAAGUCGAGCAAGAAGGAACAUAGACGGUCUGGUUCGGAUAGAACUGAGGAUAAUUCUAGCAAGACGUAUGGAUCUCGUUACCGCAAAAAAAGAGCGAUAUUCAGCGAUAUCCAAAUCGGUAAAGUGAAUUAUUGUUUGCAAGUGAUUCGAGAUUCCGAAAUUGAUCGGUUAAACAUAUCGGCUUUCAUUCGUGCUACUAAAUGUAAUUUUCUCCGCUCGAUAAGUAAGAUAAAGAAACAAGAUUUAAAAGACGAUCGAAGCCCGAUCGAGUACCAAUUAUCAAACCAGCACUUCGUGAAGCUCGGUUGGACAGUGCUGCCGGUUGCCAAAACCAUGAGGAAAAUUAUCCAGUAUCGAGCGAAGCCUUCAAAACCUGGUCUCGACUGGUUCAGAAAGCACAAACUCGAUGGAAGAAUGUAUUACGACGACGAAGCUCGUAUUUUUGUCAAUUUUCACGCCGAUGGAUCGGCAGAAGUGUUUUAUCCGAAUGGAGCGAUCGCUAUUAAACUCCAGAGACCGCAAAAUCGAAAAUGUAAUUAUCGAAGUAAAGUAUCAACGUGUUUUGAUUGA